UGAUAAUAUUACUGCUAGCAAAUGACUCGUAUUUACAACAGAUAUAAUAUUUAAACUUGAUAUAAGUAAAACAUGGCGACCAUUCCUCCGACAACAACAGUGAUUGUGAGCCAACCCAGCACAGGUGUUGUUCAGCAGUCACCGGCAGUAAAACAAUACAAAAACAUUGUCCUGGGACUGAGUAUUACGGAGACCAUUAUCGGCUCCAUCAGCAUUGUGAUUGGAAUUGUACUUUCCAGUUAUGGGGGCAGGAGUUAUAGUUCGGGCUAUAGCUUUUAUGGGUAUGGCGGCGGGUACUACGCUUCACCAGUCGGCGAAGGAAUAUGGUGCGGAAUUUGGAUUUUGGUUGCUGGCUGCCUUGGGAUAGCUGCUACAAGAAAACGAGCAACGUCGUGUAUGAUCAACUGCCAUAUGGGAUUUGCCAUCACCGCUUCAGUUUUCGCAGCCGGGCAAACUGCAGGUUCAGGAAUUUUAGCUUCCCUGAUGAGAUCUUCGUUCUAUAGUGGAUUCUCUAUACUAUUGUCCAUACUUGGAUUCAUUGCAUUUAUAAUUUGCAUUGUCAGUGCCAGUUACUGCUGUCCUUUACAUACAGCGGCCGUAGGAAGGCCUAGCUGUUGUGGGUCGGGUUGCUGCGACGAGCAGGUUCCUAUGCAACACCAAGUUGGCACGCAACAACAGGUAAUGUACAUGCAACCUUCACAAAACCAAGUGAUGCAAUAUGCCACCCAACCACAAGUCAUCAUGCAAAAUCCAGGACAACAAUUUGUCGGUGCUCCUUUGGGAUACACAGGUAUUCCAGGCAGCACACAGCAAGCAGUUGUAAUCCAAAACCAACCGGGCCAAGCACAAGGUAUGGUCAUGACAAACCCCCAUAUGGCUGCACAACCCCCACAGCGAACGGCUAUGCAGCAACCACAAGGAGCCAACGCUAACCCUAAUCCAGUAGUUCAGAAGCAGAUGGAAGCUGAAGCGUCAGCCAACCAAGCAGGAAAUACUGCCCCACAAAAUCCACCAGCAUAUUUUCCCAACUAAACCAGUUGCAUGUAAUCUUGUAUAUACAUAUUAUACGCGCACUUCAAUUUUCCGAAAAAUGUUCAAAAGUUUAUAAUUGGCACUAUAAUAUUAACUGCUUCCUAUAAACUAUAUAGACUUAACCGCUUUUGCGACGCUUUACGUAAAAUGAAGUUUUUUUUCACUUAAGGUUUUUACAAAUUGUAUAAAUUAUGCUGUAAAUAUACACGAACGCUAUAAAAUAAAAAGUACUAACAACUUUCA